UAUCUCUCCCCUUCCCCUCCUCUACUCUCCUCUCUCUCUCCACAUCUCCUCCCCAAUCCCCCAAACAAUGGCACCUCCACAGCAACCACCUAGCAACACAACCAUCAUCGGCCUCUCCGGCCCCUCCAGCAGCGGCAAAACCACCCUCGCGCGUCUCCUCCAACGCAUCUUCUCCAAACUAUCACCAGAUCUCCACGACCCCAGUCUCAAUACAUUCAUCGUCCACGAAGACGACUUUUACCAUUCCGACGACAAAAUCCCCCUAACCCCGCACCCACGCAACCCCACCCAAAAGAUCCAAAACUGGGACACCAUAACGGCCCUAAACACGCCCUUCCUGGUCUCUUCCCUCCAAUACAUAAAAGCCCACGGUCGACUUCCGCCUCGGCUGCGCUCAAAGGAAGAUCUUAAUGAUGUGACGGCGUCGAAUGUACCCGAGGCGGUGGUGGAGGAGUUACGUGGGGUGGUGAGGGGAAGAGUUCCUGAAUACUUUACAUCACGGGUGGAUGGUGAAGGGGAGGGGGAGGGGGAGGGAGGGAUAAGAAGGACGAUUGUGUUUCUGGAUGGGUUUCUGCUGUUUGCGCCGCCGAGGGAGGAAGAUCCCGGGCAUGGGCUGCGAGCGGUCAAUGAUCUGAUGGAUGUGCGGUUGUUUUUGCCCGCGCGGUAUGAGAAUGUUAAGGAGAGGAGGGAGAGUAGGAGUGGGUAUGUGACGAUUGGGCCGGCGCCGACGGUGCCGAAUGAGGAGGGGGAGGAUGGGACGGAGGUGCCGCAGGGGGGGUCGGCGGGAGAGGAACAGGAAGAGGUGGACUUGGAGAAGGAGGAUGAUGGGCCGGCGCAGAAUUUCUGGACGGAUCCGCCGGGGUAUGUGGAUGAUAUUGUGUGGCCCAACUAUGUGCAGGAUCAUGCGUGGUUGUUGUUGCCUGAGGAAGGGUCGCAGACAAGACUUCCCAAGGCGGAUGCGCCGGAGCUGGUGCGGCUGGUCGGCCAGGGCGUCAACCUGAGGAUGGACGCGGGCGUGACGGUUGCUCCAGGUCAGGGGAACGCAUCCAUGGUGGACAUUUUGAAGUGGGCAGUCGAGGAAGUCCUGAAGCAUAUUGAAGAAACAGAGGGCCAAUGAGAGUACGACAAGUUCAUGAGUAGUAUCUAACUAGAUAAGCAGCGCCUACUCUCCUCCUGUCUUUCCUGAGUUUCUCCUAUCCUUAGCCAGCUUGCAGUUACGCGUCAAUCUC